UCUAUUUUUGGCCGGAGGCUCAGCUGAUUGUGGGCCUUGAAGAUUCUGUCCCUCCCUGCUUUUUUUUUUUUCUCUUGUAGUCAGUUGUUCGGGCUUAUUAGGAAAAGAGGGAGUUGUCUAACAGCUAGAGGAGAGUUUUGCUGAAUGUUACUGAGGGAUGCAGCUCUGAAGGGCGUCCACGUACAUUGCCGAGGGGCUUUUUUGUCUGGGUGUGUUUUCAUCCCUGCGUGGGACUGCUGUCACUGCUCUCCUUCUCCUCGGGCGGGGACACAACGACUGUAACUUCACUUUUACAGGCCCACGAGGUCCAUCUUUGUGCCGCUAGUUCGCCACAUGACAACAAAGCUGCCGUGACUCUGUGGUCGGAAACCAGCAGAAGCCAAACUUCAGUAACUAACUUCCGUUGGUUUGAUCGGCAUCCCCCCCCCCCCCGCUGGGUCCCAUCAAAAGGAGGAUGGAGACGAGCCCCAUCCCGGUGGUGACGGUCCAAACCGCCCCCUUCGACGACCAGCGGCCCGGCACCAACGGGCUGCGGAGGAAGACGGCGGUGUUCGAGGGGAAGAAGAACUACCUGCAGAACUACGUCCAGAGCGUGCUGUCCUCCAUCGACCUGCGGGACCGACAGGGCUGCACCAUGGUGGUGGGCAGCGACGGCCGCUACUUCAGCCGAGCUGCCACCGAGGUGAUAGUGCAGAUGGCAGCUGCCAAUGGGAUCGGUCGUCUGGUAAUCGGUCACAACGGCCUCCUGUCCACGCCUGCUGUUUCCUGCAUCAUCAGGAAGAUCAAGGCCAUCGGCGGGAUCAUCCUGACAGCUAGUCACAACCCCGGAGGCCCCGCUGGAGACUUUGGAAUCAAGUUCAAUGUGGCAAAUGGAGGCCCGUCUUCGGACACAGUAAUGGAGAGGAUCUACCAAGUGAGCCGGACGCUCGAGGAGUAUGCAAUCUGCCCCGAUCUCCGCAUUGACCUGUCGAGGCUGGGAAGACAAGAAUUUGACCUGGAGAACAAGUUCAAACCUUUCAGAGUGGAGAUCGUAGACUCAGUUGAGGUGUAUCUACAGCUGCUGAGAAGCAUCUUUGACUUCAAUGCCAUUAAAAGUCUUCUCACAGGACCAGAUCAGCUCAAGAUACACAUAGAUGCCAUGAACGGAGUGAUGGGCCCCUAUGUACGCAGGAUCCUGUGCGAUGAGUUGGGAGCUCCUGCUAACUCCGCUGUCAACUGUGUCCCCCUGGAGGACUUUGGUGGUCGACCUCCAGAGCCCAGCCUGACCUACGCCACCUCUCUGGUCGAUGCCAUGAAAGGAGGGGACUUUGGCUGUGGAGCUGCAUUUGAUGCAGAUGGGGACCGGUACAUGAUCCUCGGAGAAAACGGCUUCUUUGUGAACCCAGCAGACUCGGUGGCCAUCAUGGCUGCCAACCUCUCCACCGUCCCCUACUUCAGACAGCUGGGAGUCAAGGGCUUUGCCAGGAGUAUGGCCACCAGCAUGGCCCUCGACAGGGUUGCCAAAGCCAUGAAACUGACGCUGUAUGAGACUCCCACGGGCUGGAGGUACUUCGGGAACCUGAUGGAUUCUGGGCGUUGUUCCCUCUGCGGGGAGGAGAGCUUUGGGACAGGUUCAGACCAUAUUCGUGAGAAAGAUGGUCUCUGGUCGGUGUUGGUGUGGUUGUCCAUCAUAGCCACCAGGAAGCAGGGUGUGGAGCAGAUCGUCAGAGAACACUGGGCCAAGUUUGGACGUAACUACUUCUGCAGGUUUGACUACGAAGGCCUGGAACCACGCGCAGCCUUUUACCUGAUGAGGGAUCUGGAGUCAGUAAUCACAGACAAAGCAUUCACCAGCCAGAAGUUUGCCGUGGGAGACCACAUAUACAGCGUGGAGAGGGCCGACAACUUCGAGUACAUCGACCCUGUGGAUGGAACAGUGGCUCGAAACCAGGGUUUAAGGAUCGUCUUCACUGAUGCGUCCCGCCUAGUGUUUCGGAUGAGCGGGAGCGGUGGAGGGACGGGUGCCACCAUCCGCAUUUACGCCGAGAGCUUCGAGAGAGACCCCGAGAGACACAACAGAGAGACACAGGUGGUGCUGGGUCCUCUCAUCGCCAUCGCACUGAAGAUCUCCAACGUCCAUGAGAGGACAGGGCGCCGCGGCCCUAACGUCAUCACAUGAGCCACCAGGAAAACACACAUCCACAUGCACGCACGCACAUGCAUCUGCUCACACAUACAAACAAAUAAUAAUUUCCGUACUU